UAAGAUGGCGUCCGAUCAAGACGUGGAAGCUGACUCUCCUUACAUACCUUUCAAUUCAAUUAUUCCACAAACAAUUUUAGAGGAUUUAUGCAGCCGUUUCUUAAUUAACAUACCGGAAGAGGAAAGGAAAGAUGUCGUUCGGUUGUGCUUUCAGAUCGAGACAGCACAUUGGUUUUACGUCGAUUUCUAUCGACAGGAACAACCAGAUCUCCCAGCCUGUGGUCUUAAGGAUUUUACGAGAAUUAUAUUUGAGCAGUUUCCAUUUCUCAAUAAAACUGGGGAAAAUAUCAACAGAAUUUUUGAGAACUGGAAAAAGUACAAGCACAGUGUUCCAGUCUAUGGAGCAAUAAUGUUGAAUCAAUCCUUGGAGAAGUGUGUAUUAGUGCAACCUUUUCUAUCACGCACAAGUUGGGGUUUUCCAAAAGGAAAGGUUAACAAAGAUGAAUCAGCAUUUGAUUGUGCAGUUAGGGAGGUAUUAGAAGAGACUGGAUUUGAUAUGAGAUUUUAUGCAGACCCAGACAAUUAUUUUGAACACAAAUUCCAGGAUCAUCAGGUUAGAUUGUACAUUGUCCCUGGAGUCCCUGAGAAAACAGUGUUCCGGCCACACACAAGAGGGGAGAUUGGGGAUAUACAGUGGUUUUACGUAAGCAAUCUUCCCACUCACAAGAAAGACACUGUUAGCCGAGAGAUCCUGGGACUAAAUCCAAAUGCUUUCUACAUGGUUAUGCCGUUUGUAAAAAAUCUGCGGAAAUGGAUUGCAACGCGAAAGAAAGAAGCAAAUAAACCUAAUCCGGAGCCGGUUGCUUUGGAAUCACCGGGAAAUGCUCAACUUCAGAAACUACUCGCUAAAGAAGAUCAACGCUUAGAACAAGAACAGAAACGCGCUGCCGUUGAGAGAAGAAGAAAGCAACAACAGGAGCGAUUCCAACAGCAGCACGAUCUAAACCAUCCCCUGCGAUAUCACCACGUGCAACAGAGAGGGAAUACGAUGAAAGAUUAUCAGGCUUUGAAGGAAAAAAAUUCAGCACACCGUUCUUCUCCAGUUGCGAAAGAAAAGGAAGGAAAGCCGGUCUACAAGAUAUUACAGCGGCCAACUGACGAGUCAUACACAGAGGAACCUUCUAAUCCUUUGCAAAAACUUCUCUCUGGAAGCUUGGGUUAUGGUCCCGUAACAGCACAUCAACCCUUUCCACCUAUGGGCGUGGCCACUCCUGAGGGGAGCGUUAACCCCCCAUACCACCACACGCACGGUGUCAUCGGUGUCCACAGAGAACAUUUAUCUCUUGAGACCCCUCCCAAGUCGUCGCGCUCAAAGCAGCCGGCAACGUCUCCCUCAGAACACUGCUGGGAGGAUAAAGAGUUUCAAUUCUCAUCACCGGCGUUUUUAAAUUUUAAGUUUGACACCAAAUCGAUUUUAGACUGUUUACCAACGUAGCUUACAAGAGGUUCGUCACAUAUCCAACAUAAAAAAGGAAUUCUGAUGGUGCCAAAGAAUGAUUCUUUGCCAGGAUUUGUUUUUCAGCCACGAAGAACGCCUCAACGUUAUGAAGAAAUGCAUCCCUUUUUUAAUUGAGCAACUUCCAAGGUGUUUUUAGAGUUAAUUUGAAGUGCCCCAUAUCAAAUUUCAACAGCAGUACAGCGUUCUAUGGUCACAGA